AUGGGCGCACAAGUCAAACUCGACCUCACCUCGGACGUCACGCAUCUCAUAGUCGGCAACACAAACAGCGCCAAGUAUCGAUAUGUUGCGAAGGCACGUGAAGACGUCAAGGUCCUAUUUCCUGAAUGGAUACACGCAGUACAGAAGGUCUGGAUGGAAGGCGAGGAUGCAAUCACAUCCGAGCUUGAGGGGCAAUGGAGAUUACCAACCUUCUACGGCCUGAAGAUAUGCCUCACAGGCUUCGACAACCCCGAGCAGCGCAAAUAUAUACAGGAAACAGUUACAAGAAACGGUGCUGAGUACCAUGGUGAUCUGACGAAGGCGGUCACACAUCUUAUCGCGGCUAAUCCAUCGGGAAGCAAGUACGAGCACGCCGUCAACUGGCGUAUGAAGAUUGUCACGUGGGAAUGGUUCGAGCAGAGCCGCGAGCGUGGCAUGGCUCUGGAUGAGGUCUACUAUCAUCCUACAAUGGCGGUAGAAGAGCGGGGUCUCGGAGCGUGGGACCGCCGCAGGAGCACAUCACCCAUGCUUGGGAAGCGCAUGCGGUCCGCUGAGCAAGCCGAGCCCGUCCUCAAUCCUUCACGACGAAAGCUGCGACGUGCUGCAAGUACCCGCUUGAGUGGACAGACCGAAGCCCUAUGGGCUGGGAUUACCGCUGGAGGCGUAGAGAAGAGACCCAACGACGGAGAUGAUUGGACUGAAGAUAACGGCGCUGAGCCAGAGCCGCAACCCGAACAUGAGCCCAGCGCGACGACGGUAGUUGAAACACGCGUUGAUAUGCAACCGAGAAAGGGCCGUGCAUCCCGCCCUCGCGGGCCCUUCUCAGACGACAAUGAUGGAAUAUUUGCAGGCAGAGUAGUGUAUCUACGCGGCUUUGAUCAUAAUAAGACCAACAUCCUACGAGAACAUCUAGACAGCAAUGGAGCUGUAGUUAUUUGUGACGCUGCUGAAUUAGAAAACUUUGCCUCGGAUGACCUCGGAGAAGGCUUCGUGUUAGUCCCUCACGAUGUUCAACCUGACCUCACAUCGCUGCCGGAAGCUGCCGGAGCCAUGUCAGUAGUAACCAACUGGUGGGUCGAGCGCUGUCUCCACGGUAAAUGCCUAGUGGACCCCACAGACUACGUUCUGUGUAAGCCUUUCGAUAAACUCAGCAUUAGUGGAUUGCAAGGUCUCACGAUCAACUCUACCGGCUUUGCGGGAAUCGAGUUGUUGCAUGUCACGAAGGCGGUGGCGUUGUUCGGUGCGGAAACUAUCUGCCGCAACGAUAAGCCGAACCCUGAGAAAGUCAGCGAGAUUUAUCCCUUCGACGCAUACUUGCUCAAUACCAAUACAUCACAGCCACAAAAGCCGAGACAAAGGCAGAAUGAAUCUUCGAACAAAGAUGUUCCCACUGCGCCUCUAUCCAAGGAAGAUAGUAUCAAGUUCCAACAAAAGGAGGCUCAGAAAGCCAAGCCUGCUUCUGACUUUCGAAGCAAUUCACGUCGUCCAGGAGCGCUGGAGCUGUCAGCAUCCGGACCUCCAACUCCUUCGACUACUGGCUCAUCCACCAAUCUGAAUACAAAUGAUAUCCAAUCUAAACAAUCUAGCCUAAGAUUUGAACAAGACGCGCAACUCCCAGGGAUCUACGAUGGCACAGCCUCCAUCCCUCUACAGGAUGUCGACCCCAGUGUAAACUCUCCACGCAAGCCCUCCACUUCAUCCACUGAUUCAACUACGUUUCCCAAACCGGCUGACCCACCCACAAAGCCGGCGCCGGCGCAGCGGAGCACUAGGCCAGUCAGACAGCCAUCUCCAGAUUCCGUCAUCCCGCCUGAUACCGAACCUCCCAUCGAGACUCUAUCCGAGGCGCCGAUCGCACAGCCCCCGGAGAAAGACUAUUCCGACAUCAUGUCGAAGUUGCUCGCUACGCGGAAGACUUCUGCUCCUGUGGAUAAGGAAGAUGAAACAGGCCGACGAAGACGGCGCCCGUUAGGUCGUGCGCAAUCUGGGCGCUCGAACACAUCGACUACCGAUGACGUAUUCUCCCGACAAUCUUCGGCCUCAAAGGUUGUCGAAGAGGAAGAGAUGGGUGAGGAGGACGGUCAUGUGCUCGAUGCUUUCAAACCGCCAGAACCGAGUCAGUUGCUUGGUUGGGACUCUCCUGGAGCGCAGAGGGCAAGGGAGAAGAUGAUUCGGGCGAUCGGAGGGAACGUUACAAGCGAAUCUCCUAUAAUUCAAGAAACAAGGGUCGUCAAAGAUGCGUGUACCAUUAUCAUCACAUCCUGA